AACCAUUUCUCGAACCUCAUUGCACUCUUCUCGUAAAAAGCAUUAUUAUGCGUAAUACAUAUAUAUAUAUGCAUACAGUGUAUGAACUUACAAUUAUACAUACACAUAUGCGAGAGCAUGCGCAUAUUUGUGUUAACGUGGGAUUUUUUUGAUAUCAAAUAAGAUAUUGAAGAAUCUAAUAAUUGUCAAGGAAGCAAUAAUUAGGGACUCUGCUUUAAACCAUUGUUUUGAAAGUGUGUAAUGGGUGAUCUUUCUAUUCGUGGAUCAACUAUGCAAAAUUUUGACGAUCUUGAUAUAGAAGGGCGCAAUCCUUCUCAUCUUUCAGAAGAAGACAAGGAAAAGGAAGAACAUGACCGAAAACGUUUAAUGCGAAGCAGUGUAACUGCUGAAGAUGGCACACUCAGACCUGUGUAUUCCAAAACAGAUGAUGGUGACAUAUGGUGCCACAUUUGUAACAUUGCUCUGUUUGGAGCACAUAAGUUGAUAAGUCAUAAUUCAUGUAACCGUCAUAAAAUUAAGUUGGACGAAUGGCCAUAUCCGGUGUUAUUAUGGUCAAAACGUUCUGAUAUCGCGAAAGCAACUGCUCCUGUACAGUCAACUACUAUUACGGAUACUUUAGCUCCUGGUGAACCAGUACCGCCAGGAAUGGAAGAUCAAUUAACAAGAACGACAACGAUUCAAGUGAGUUUAGAUCGUCACAGAAGUUCACCGCUUGUUGGUCUUGAAUAUUUACUUGAACUUGUGGACAAUGAUUCCUGCGAACCCAGUUAUACAUGUGUAUUGUGUGAUAAACGUGGUGAUCCACGUACUGUGAUGGCUCAUAUUACCAGUUACAAUCAUCGAAUAACAUAUUUGAAUAGACAUUUUCCAACAAUAUCGCGAGCAAUUACUGAAUUACCGCGUACUCCUAAUUACAAACGUGGAGCCAAUGAAAUAUCAGUGUUAGCAGCAAAAAAAAUAGAAGAACGAUUCGGAAGACUACAACCUCAAUUAGUAGACAAGAAUCAAUUUGAAAAAAAUAAAAUGCAAUAUAUAAAAAGGAUAUUUCAAGACUAUCAUUUUAGGGAAACACCUGAGUUAACAUUAAUGGAAGUUUACGAUGUGAGAUGGGUGACAAACUUUGAAGAAAAGAUGGCUGAAAUUGCUGGUAAUAAUAGUAAUAAGAAAGAUUCUCAAUCAUCCGAAGAGAAAACAGAUGGCAAAUUUAAAAAGGAAGAAAAGAAGCAAGAAAGAUUAUCACCGAAGAAAACAGAAUCUAAACAAGAUGUUACAAAGUCGGUCUUCAAGAUACGAAUUCUUACCAAGGAUAAAUUAAAUUUACGUAAACCCAGUGAAAAAAGUACGGAUAGUUUAAAAAAAUCACCUAAACGUCCAUCCGAUGAAACAAAGUCACUCUCAUCUUUAUCAAGUAUAUCAAGCAGUCCAUCGCCAUCUCGUUCAAGGUCACGUUCUCCUGUUCGUGGUAGAAGAAGUAGUGUAUCGGAUAAGAGUAGCAAGUAUCGUACAAGAUCGCGAUACUCUCGUGAUCGUUCGCGUUCAAGAUCACGCUCACGUUCCCGAUCACGAUCACGUUCGUUGGAACCACUUCGGGAACGGGAUAAGUGGGAUAAGUAUCGAGAACAGAUAAGACGAGCCGAGGAAACACUCGAUCGUGCGUUAAAGUUUCACGAAAAGAAUCCUGAGAAACAUCCUUCGUAUCCAGACGAGUGGAAAAAAUUUUGGAAUAGACGAUACAAAGAAUUACAAGCCGAUGGUAAGGACCCAAGUAAGCAUGACUUCAAACCAGAAUGGAUUGAAUUUUGGAACAAACGAAUGCGCGAAAUUCACAAUGAACAGUUACAACAAAGAAAAGAAGAAAUAAGAAAACGAUUGGAAUUAUCGGAAGAAAAACCUCCUGAGAAAUGGAUUCCACCGUCAAGUAGACGCGAUAGAUCACCACCUCCUUCAAAACGUAGCAGACAUCGUAUUGAUAGUGACGAUGAGGUCGAAUACGUAGGUACAAAAACGAUUAAAACAGAUUAUUACGAUCGUCACGAUCCACGAGAAAGGGAAUACGUUUAUUCUUCCUACUCGCGAGGAAAAAGUAAUAUGUAUCGUAGUUAUUAUUCUCGAAUUGUACCACGUACUAGACCUAUCCAUUAUGCGACACCCUAUCCUGUAAAAGAUAAAUCACCAAGUCCACCGCCAAAGGAAGAAGUACUGAGCGAAGAUUUAGAAGUGGUAGGAUUAUUAAGACUUCUGACAGCUCUCGAGGGUCAGUUAGGCUCUUUAGGUCCUAAAAUAGUGUCACUUUUAUCGCGAGCAUUAGCUGCCGAGAAAGCUAAGCCCAAUUCCGCUGAAGAAUUGCUUUACGACGAAGAAGUUAACGUAUUGUUCGAAACAGUCAAAGAGAAAUUAAAGGGGCAGCUUUUCGCUGGCAUGAUUGAAAAAAUGGCUAUCGCUCCGACGAAAACAGCAAUACAAAAUAUAGCGCAAUUAUUACACAAAGCAACCGAAAGUAAGAAAAAAAUGGACGAGGAGAAAAAGAAAAAACACGAACUUUUGGAAGCAAGUAGAACUAGCAAUUUUGUAAGUGGAAGAACUGUAUAUCCUAGACCCGUAGAGAUGAUUACACCACCAAUUCAUUCCGAACCAGUCACUGUUCCUGGCGUAGGUACUGUAGACAAAGUUGCAAUAGCUCAACAAAUAGCUGCUGCUCUUGUUGCACAAGGUAGAUCGAAUGUGUCUCAGGAAGAAUUAGAAACAUUAAUUAAUGCAGUAGUUGGUAUGGCUGAAGCAUCAAAACACUCAGACAAGCCUGUUACUACAGCUGACUUUGUGAAAGGCUUGGCUAGUGGUGGUACUGGUGUAACUGGUAGUAUUACAAGUGGUGUUACAACUGGUAUUACAAGCACUUUUCAAAGUAGUAUAUCAACAUCCGCGUCUACUUUAAUAACUCCGACGUUAACCGAUACCGUAGAUCAAGUUUCAAGAAUGGAGAAUUUAUCGGAUACUGAUUUAAAGACAUUAUUACAAAAUUUUAAAGAUCUGAGUACGCAUGAACAACACGGUCUUAUAAAUUUUCUUAAAAAAUUAGAAGCUACUGACUUACCUAGGGUAGAAAAAUUAAGAGCAUUCGUUAAUUUAAGCGUCGUAAUACCUUCUAGUUUACCAUUAACAAAAAAAUCACCUACACCUGAACUAAUCGAAAUGUCGACGAGUAAGACUAACAGAAAAGCUUCGCCGUUUUCAAUGCGUAAGGGAAAUCAAAAUCCGUCUGAGGAAGAAAACAAAUGGAUACCUAAACUAGAUAUGUUUGCUAACGACGACGAGGAAGAACAACAGCAACAAAAGAAGGAAGAAGAUAAGUCGAAAGUGAAAUUGGAGUUAUCAGACGACGACGACGAUUAUACUUUCGAGGACAUUUACAAAGCAGCUGAUAAAAAUGUAAACGAAAGUGAGAAAGGAAAAAAAAAGACACGUGCUUUUUCAAAAUCUAUUUCAAAUUCACCGCGCUCCUGGUCUCGAUCACGUUCACCUUCACGUUCACGAUCACCAGCAACGAGGACUUCGGACGUCGCGAAAUCUAACGAUCCCAAUGCGAUCCUAAAUGAAACUAAACGUUUAAUAGCUAAUAUUAUGGGCGACCUUCCAAACAAAUACGUACCAAAAUCACAUAUAAAUUUUGCUAAUGAAAAUUCGGAACAACGAUCCUCUGCUUCAAAGAUGAUAGAUCAUAGUUCAUCCUCGAUAGCUCCGAUGCAACAAAACUUUUAUAAUCAAAAUUAUGAUCCACCAACUAAUCAGCCACCACGACCGCAAGCUCCACCAUUAACUUAUCCGAAUGUUCCUAAUCAACAAUUCUCAAAUUAUCCACCUCAACCGCAAGUUUUUGGUACUAAUCAGAAUUACAUAGACAAUGGUUAUAAUUAUCAAGGAUAUGGCAAUAUAAACAAUCAAAAUCAAUAUGGUUCACCGUCAACUGUACCACAAAACCAGUAUUCUCCACAGCAAGCAUAUGGUGCUUCCACAGGAUAUGGUGGUCCUCCGGGUGGUCAUCCAUCCGGAUAUCCUCAACAACAAUCACCUCAACAACCGCAACAAGCUCCAUAUGGAGCGUACCCACAACAGCAACGUUUUUAUUAAACGUUUCAUUCUAUAGAUAAUACUAACAGCGCGUUUGUCGAUAAGAGAAGACCAACGACUAAUAACAAAUUUUAUACAAAUCUUAUUGAUAAUCGAUCCAAACAAUGUCUUUCUAUUUCUAGUUGUUUUUAAAAAAAUUUCUUUCAACCAACUCAAAAUGGAAUUAUAUUAAUAAUUGUUUCGUGAUAAAAAUAUCCGAUUCUUAUGUUAAUUGUAAAAAAGGAAAUAUUACUAUCCGUAUAUAUUUACGUUAUAAAAUAUACGGCAA